AUGACAAGAGCAGAACAUGGACUAAGCGAAAAUUGGGCAGCAAAUCUUUCGCUGAUAUUCGUACAGUUAACAGUGUUGUGCAUCCUACUUUUAAAUCAGCAUGUUAUGCACUUGGACUUUUCUAAUCCAGGAGAGUUAUGGCAAUCAAACCGCGAGAUACUAGCAGAUGGAAUAUUACAUCGAUUACAAAGAAGACCACACUGUAUCAAUGUCCACAUUACAGAAGAUGAGGUUUACAACUAUGCUUUAAUAGAUAUUGAACAAUGUUUGAAAGAACUUGGCAAGUCUAUACGAGAUUAUGAUGAGAUACCAAUGCCGGAUACCUCUUCGUCUAGAAACAUAAACAAUACCCUUCUAUUACAGGAGAUGAAUUAUGAUAUACGUCAAGAGAACGCAUUGAAUGAUCAGUAUCAAUCAGAAUUAAACGCCGACCAACAAGCAAUUUAUGACACGGUGAUAAAUUAUGUUAAGGAGAAAAAAGGAAAACUUAUUUUUGUUUAUGGGCAUGGUGGUACCGGGAAGACCUUCUUAUGGAGAGCAAUCAUACAUAGAAUUCGAUGUGAGUCUAAAAUAGUGUUGCCGGUUGCUACAUCAGGAAUAGCGGCUCUAUUACUUCCGGGUGGUAGAACGGCACAUUCGAGGUUCCAUAUACCGCUGGAAAUAAAUUCUGAAUCAGUUUGUGACAUAAAACAAGGGACACAACUUGCUGAUCUCAUUCAAAAUACAGACUUGAUAAUAUGGGACGAGGCACCUAUGACUCAUAAAUUCUGUUUUGAAGCACUAGACAGAAGCUUAAGGGACAUCCUCAAAUUCAAAAAUUCUGAUGCCAUUAAUGAACCUUUUGGAGGAAUGACAGUUGUUUUAGGGGGGGACUUUCGACAAAUCUUGCCUGUGAUUCCAAAAGGAGGAAAAAUGAGAUAA